UAAUUAUUAUUUGUUUUCUUCCCUUCUCCAUCCUUCACAGCGAUCUGCUCGCCCUUGUGAAAUGCGUUAAGUCACCUGCUGCUUCUCUCUCUCUCUCUCUCCAAAACCCUAGCAAGCGGCUCCUUAAAGAUCUAUCGCAGUCCUCCUCGGCUUCCGGUUUGAGCUCUUGAUGGGACAGUAGAGUUGGCCCCUCGAUUCGUACCAGGAUCGGCAUCGGCGGCGAAUCUAACCGUUGUUUACAGUAGAUUUAGGUCGUUGCUUGGUUUCUCACAACGAAACUUCACUGCAAGAUGGAUUACUAGGAGAAGAUCUAUUCAUUUGAUAUCUGAUCUCGCCAUUGAGGUUGUUCUUUCUCAAGUCAGUUGAGCCAUUAUCCAAUAUGUCUGGUUGUACUUCUGAGAUUGUUGAGACAAAUGAAGACCCAAAUUUGGUUAGUUACUAUGAGGAAUCAAAGAUUUCAAGUACUAAGCUCAAACCAAAUCUACGAAAUGGUAAAUGCCAAGAUAUGGAAGAUGAACUCAAUCAACUUUUAAGAGCAAUAGAUCUCAGGACCACAUCAAGGGUUCUUGGUCCUUCUAGUCAUUCAGGGUUUGACUUGUUGCAUAAGAAUGUUUCAAAGAAGCCACUCAGAGCUGGUGCACCUCGAUCGUCAGGAACAGGAAUGCCGGAAUCUGUCACCCUAAAACAGUCUUUGAGAAGAUUAUGCAUUUCCCAGGCAUCAGAGAUGGCUGCUAUGAAGAGGUUAUCAGGGGCCUCUGAAGCUGUAACAAUUGAGAGGCUUUAUGCUUCGGUAUUGGUUCAAACAAAUGACUCUGAUUUUCCUCAAAAUGGGGAAAAGACAAAUGUGGUUGAAAUAUCCAUCACGCCUCUGAAGGUAUCUGCAGACUCAUCAAAUAAGCCAGUUCUAUAUGGUGAGCUGCAACAUGUGGAGUCAGGAAAUCAGAAUGUUACUUCAAUAUCCUCAUCUGUAGUUCCCAAUAAGCCUAUUGUAACAAAAAUCAGAAUCCAAGAUGUACUUCAAUCUGUACCAGAUGAAGUAUUUGAAAGUACAUUAGCAGCGAGGAAGAGGGAUAAGAAGGGCAAAUCAGUUUCCAAACCAUCCAUAUUUAGCCCACAGGCUGUAACUGCUUCGAGCAAUCCUAUUGUGAUUCCGCGUUUGAUAAACUCAUUUCAUAGGAGUACUCUCACUACAAAUAAAGCGAAGUGUAAACCAACUUCAGUGCCUAGUGGUUCCAACAAAUGCAAUGAAGUUAAUAAAAGUGAUACUACUUCAUGUGCAUUGAAAUCAUGUUGUCCCAAAGAAUCCAUCACCCCUGCACUUGGCAUGAUUGAUACUGUUCGAGAAAGUAACACCACAAACAUUGAUUGUGGUGCAAACAUAACUAUUUCCAGCAUAAAUACCUACGGUAGUACUCAAGUCGGUGGAGUGAAAGCAAGUGAAUUCUCUACGUCACAAGAGGAAGGGGAGUGCUCCCAUAGUUCCAAAAGCAGCACUUGCGAUUAUAGUUGCAGCACUAGCUUCAGUGCAGAGAGCCAUCAGAGUGGUAUUAUUGUUAAAGGAUGUAGACCUCACAUGUCAAAGGAUGUGAGGUGGGUUGCCAUUAGUCACAUCUUAAAUCAGCAAGCAAGAUUGGAUUUAAGCGAUUUUAAGCUCCUCAAGCGGCUUGGUUGUGGAGAUAUUGGAACAGUUUAUCUUGCUGAACUAGUUGGUUUUGAGUGCUUGUUUGCUUUGAAGGUCAUGGAUAUUGACUUUCUGGUUAGCAGGAAAAAAUUGCUCAGAAUGCAAAACGAAAGGGAAAUAUUGGAAAUGCUAGACCAUCCAUUUCUUCCUACACUCUACUCUCAUUUUACAACAGAUAACCUCUCAUGUUUAGUUAUGGAAUAUUGUCCAGGUGGUGAUUUGCAUGUUUUGCGACAAAAACAACCUGGAAGGAGUUUUUCUGAGCCAGCAGCUAGGUUUUAUGCUGCAGAAGUUCUCCUUGCUUUGGAAUACCUGCACAUGUUGGGUGUUAUUUAUCGAGAUCUCAAACCAGAAAACAUCCUGGUCCGUGAAGAUGGUCAUAUCAUGCUCUCUGAUUUUGACUUGUCUCUCAGAUGCUCAGUGAGUCCCACUCUGCUCAGAUCCUUAGAUUCAGAAGAGGCCGCGAAGAAGCUGAUAGGUCCCUGUGUGGAAAAUAGCUGCAUUGACCCUCUUUGUCUUCGGCCAUACUGUGUUCAAGUUUCUUGUUUCACACCCCGAUUGAUGGCCUCCACAGCAGCAAGUACAGGAAAACAAAAAUCUGACAUGAGCGGCCAGGUAAGACUGCUUCCACAAGUUGUGGUGGAGCCCACCGAUGCACGCUCCAAUUCCUUCGUCGGAACCCAUGAAUACCUAGCCCCUGAGAUCAUUCGAGGCGAUGGACAUGGGAGUGCUGUGGACUGGUGGACUUUUGGGAUCUUAUUAUAUGAGUUACUUUUUGCUAGAACACCCUUCAAAGGGCUUGGAAAUGAUGAAACAUUAAGCAACGUUGUGAUGCAGAGCUUAAGUUUCCCAGAGAACCCAUGUGUUAGCUUUCAUGCUAAAGAUUUGAUUAGGGCUCUCCUAGCUAAGGAGCCAGAAAAUAGGUUGGGAUCAGUCACAGGAGCAGCUGAGAUUAAGCAACACCCUUUCUUUGCUGGGAUAAAUUGGGCACUUAUACGUUCCGCUCCACCACCCGAGUCACAAAGCAAUGAUUUUGGGACGCCUGUGCUUAUUCGCAAGAAAAAAGAAGGCAAGUGCCUCGAUUUCAGAUCGAACAGACAUGAUGUGGAGUUUGAGUUGUUUUAGUAAAAGAUGUCCUUUCAAUGGAAGAGUUAUGUUGUGUUCCAGGAACCAGUUCCUAUCUGCUUCUAUAAAAUGUAUGCUUAAGCUCUCAUUCCUUGUUCAUAACUCGUAUGCGUUUAUGAAAAUGAGCUCCAUCAGUUCUCUUUUGUACCCUACUCUUCUUGCACAUACCAGCUGAUCGAUAGGAAUUUAGUCAAGAAAGAGUUGGCCUGUGUGUACAAAAAUUUCAUGUGUAUCCCAUCCUUCAAUGACUAUCACUAUGAGGGGCAUUAGUAUCAUUUUCUUCGUAUCUGUAAGUGAAUAAUGUUGCAUUGUGUUGGUAAAAGUAGAGCACUAAUAUUGCCCUCCAUAGAAUGUCUGUACCAAGUCAACAUCCACUUUGUUUUCCAAUCCUAUUAAUUUGGAUGGCUGGUUUAGCGCACACAACCGGCACUACCCUAGUAGUAUUUUUCUCUUGAAAGUACCUCGUGUAAGUGCACUUGUACAAGUACAAUUUUCAUUAGUGAAGGGAUAUUUUUGUGCAAGUACGAUUGUGAAA